AUGGUGAAGCUGGGGAGUAAUUUGAGCGACAAGAGCAGCAAGCAGCCACCCAACGAAGAUGGUUUUCAAACAGUUCCUUUGAUCACACCUUUGGAAGUAAAUCACCUGCAAUUCCCGGCUCCGGAAAAGGUAAUUGUGAAAACAAGAACAGAGUAUCAGCCUGACCAGAAGAACAAAGGAAAACUCAGAGUCCCCAAAAUUGCUGAAUUCACAGUCACUAUUCUCAUAAGUCUGGCUCUUGCAUUCCUUGCCUGCAUAGUGUUUCUUGUGGUAUACAAAGCCUUUACUUACGACCACAGUUGCCCAGAUGGAUUUGUUUAUAAGCACAAGCGCUGCAUCCCAGCCUCCCUGGACGCGUACUACUCUGCACAGGAUUCCAACUCCCGGGGCAGGUUCUACACCGUCAUCAGCCACUACAGCAUGGCCAAGCAGACCAGCUCCCGCGCCGUAUCGCCCUGGCUGUCUUCAGGAUCGGUAAACCAUGAAGCCAAGGGUGCCAAGACAGAAGGUCAUUAAAGUUAACAAGUGGUGAUGGGCAAAGUGAGAGGGCGUCUAUACUGCGUUGUUCUAGCUGAGGGUCCCGUGCCAAUAGCACGGCAGGAAUAAAUAAAACCCAAGUGCAGGAGUCAUUUUAAUGGAUAUUUCUUUUCGUGCAUUGUUCUCGUUGAUUUGUAAUCGAGUCGAGCUCUUGUACAAAGGCAUGUUUGAUGUUGACUGUACCUUACGAUGUAAAAAUAUUUUUAAAUCAUUGCUUAACUAUUUGUUAGAAAAAGAAAUUAAAAAACAAAAAAAGCAAAUUAGAUAAACAGCCAGAGAGGAUAAUAGCAGCAAAGAGAAUCCCACAAAGUUUUAUCAUUGCUGGAAAGCUGUAACAGAGGCUUAACAUGCAGUGAAGGAAGAGUGGAAAACCUUUUGAGAGAUGGGAUAGAAAGAACCUGGUACAAAGGCAUUGCGACAUCAUUCAGCUUGCCAAAGAGGGGAAGUUUUGCUGUCAAA